AUGGCUAAAAAGGGAAAGAAGGGAGCCAAAUCAGGUGGAGAUUUUUGGGAUGACGAAGAUCUCGAACAAGAACAACCACAAGCUGAAGAAUUCGGAACCCCUAGUGAAUCAGUUGAGCCAGAAGAUGUAGGAGCAGUUGCAGAAGAAACAGAAGAAGCAGAAAAUGGAUCUGGUCCAGUUGAAGCUUCUGCAGAUGACAUUGCUGGAGACUUUUUAGGUUCAAUUCGUAAAAACAAACAAAAGAAGGAAAAGAAAGAAGAAGAGGAUAAGAAAGCUAAAGAUGGUCCUAAGAUUUUAUCAAAGAAAGAAAAGGAAAAAUUAAAGAAGGAAGCUGAAAAGCAAAAGAAGAAAGAACAAGCCCAGAAGAAAAAGGCUCAACAAGCAACUAAAAAGGAACAAAUCAAAGAAGCCAAUAGACAAAAUGCUGCUGCUGCAUCUGUAUCUGCUUCUGCUACUCCAGAACCUGAAGAUGGAGCUGAAGAAUCUUCUCCAAAGCCUGCUGCCAAGAAAGGUAAGAAGGUCCCUGCUGGUCUUGCUGCGUUAAAACGUCAAUUGGAAUUAAAGAAGCAAUUGGAAGAAGAGCAACGUCGUUUGGAAGAAGAAGAAGAACAACGUAGGUUGGAGGAAGAAAGACGUGCAGCAGAAGAGGAAGCCGAGAAGGAAGCUGCCAGAGCUGCAAAGAAGGAAAAAGAAAGAUUAAAAAAGGAACAAUUGAAAGCUGAAGGUAAGCUUUUGACUAAGAAACAAAAGGAAGAAAAGAAAUUACAAGAACGUCGUCGUCAACAAUUGUUACAAGCUGGAAAUAUUACCAUUGCUGGUUUGGAAAAAUCUUCAGACGAAACUCCAAAACCAAAGAAGAUUGUUUAUACCAAGAAGAAGUCCACCAAACCUAAAACUUUCAUCCAAAAAGCACCAGUUAAGGUCGCAGAAAAGAAGGAAGAAGAGGACGAAGAGGAAGCCUUGAUUGAUGACUGGGAAAAGAUGGCAUUGGACGAUGAUGAACCUGUCACCGAAGAUUGGGAAGCCGGGUUAGAGGAAGAAGCCGAAGGGCCUGCUGAAGAAGAAGACGCAGAAGCUAUAAAAGCACAAGAAGAAGCUAAGCGUAAGGCCGAAGAAGCUGCUCAAAAAGCUAAGGAAGCUGAAGAAGCUGCACGUAAAGCCAAAGAAGCAGCAGAACAAAAAGCCAAGGAAGAAGCUAAGAAGAAGGCAGCAUUGGUUAACCAAAAGACUGAAGCUACUCCAUCUGAAAAGGACUUACGUUCUCCAAUUUGUUGUAUUUUGGGUCACGUCGAUACUGGUAAGACUAAAUUAUUAGAUAAAAUUCGUCAAACUAACGUGCAAGGAGGAGAAGCUGGUGGUAUUACCCAACAAAUUGGUGCAACAUAUUUCCCAGUUGAUGCUAUCAAACAGAAGACUGCAGUUAUGGCUCAAUACGAAAAGCAAACAUUUGAAGUUCCUGGUUUAUUAAUUAUUGAUACUCCAGGUCACGAGUCUUUCACAAACUUAAGAUCUCGUGGUUCUUCCUUAUGUAACAUUGCUAUUUUAGUUAUUGACAUCAUGCAUGGUUUAGAACAACAAACCCUUGAAUCUAUAAGAUUAUUAAGAGAUAGAAAAGCUCCAUUUAUUGUUGCAUUAAACAAAAUUGAUAGAUUAUAUGAUUGGAAAGAAAUCCCUAAUAAUUCUUUUAGAGAUUCUUUUGCUAAACAAGAUAAAUCCGUUCAAGCUGAAUUCCACAAUAGAUAUGAACAAAUCAAAUUAGCCUUAGCAGAACAAGGUUUGAAUUCUGAAUUAUAUUUCCAAAACAAGAAUAUGUCCAAGUAUGUUUCUAUCGUUCCUACUUCUGCUGUUACUGGUGAAGGUGUUCCAGAUUUAUUAUGGUUAUUACUUGAAUUGACUCAAAAGAGAAUGUCUAAACAAUUGAUGUAUUUAUCCAAGGUUGAAGCAACUAUUUUGGAAGUUAAAGUCGUUGAAGGUUUUGGUUACACAAUUGAUGUUGUCUUGUCUAAUGGUAUUUUAAGAGAAGGUGAUCGUGUUGUUUUGUGUGGUUUGAAUGGUCCUAUUGCAACCAAUAUCAGGGCAUUAUUAACCCCACCUCCAUCUCGUGAAUUGCGUAUUAAAUCCGAAUAUAUCCAUCAUAAAGAAGUUAAGGCUGCUUUGGGUGUAAAGAUUGCUGCUAAUGAUUUAGAAAAGGCUGUUGCCGGUUCUCGUUUGAUUGUCGUUGGUGAAGAUGACGACGAAGAAGAAAUUAUGGAUGAAGUUAUGGAUGAUUUGACUGGUUUAUUGGAUUCAGUUGAUAGCUCAGGGAAGGGUGUUGUUGUCCAAGCAUCUACAUUAGGUUCUUUGGAAGCAUUGUUGGAUUUCUUAAAGGAUAUGAAGAUUCCAGUUAUGUCUAUUGGAUUAGGUCCUGUGUAUAAGAGAGAUGUGAUGAAGGCGACUACUAUGUUGGAAAGAGCACCAGAAUUAGCUGUGAUGUUGUGUUUUGAUGUUAAGAUUGAUAAAGAAGCGGAGCAAUAUGCUGAAGAACAAAAUAUUAAGAUCUUCAAUGCUGAUAUCAUUUAUCAUUUGUUUGAUGCUUUCACUGCAUAUCAAACGAAAUUGCUUGAAGCCCGUCGUAAAGAAUUUAUGGAAUAUGCCGUUUUACCAUGUGUUUUGAAGACAAUUCAAAUUAUUAACAAGAGAAAUCCAAUGAUUAUUGGUGUGGAUGUUGUUGAAGGUUGUGUUCGUGUCGGAACUCCAAUUUGUGCUGUCCGUACCGACCCAGUUACCAAACAUCCUAAUAUUAUGGUUUUGGGUAAGGUUGUUUCAUUAGAAGUUAAUCAUAAAUCACUUGAUCAUGUUAAGAAGGGUCAAACUUCAGCAGGUGUGGCUAUGAGAUUAGAAAACCCAUCAUCUGCUCAACCAACAUGGGGUCGUCAUGUCGAUGAAACUGAUAACUUAUACUCUUUGAUCUCACGUAGAUCUAUUGAUACUUUGAAGGAUCCUGCAUUCCGUGAAACAGUUUCAAGAGAUGAUUGGUUAUUAAUUAAGAAAUUGAAACCAGUAUUUGACAUCAAGUAA